AUGUCGAAUGAAAAGCGAUCCAAUACGUUAUUAAACUACAAUUUUUCUUCCAAAAAAAUACGUACAGAUACUGAAAAUUUACCACAAGAUUCGAAUACACUUGCAAUUAGUACAAUUACAGCUACAACAACUAAUGAUGAUUCUAGUUUAUUUUUAUCCAGUGAUCCUGAAGAUUUAGGUCAGGUGAGUGAUGAAGUUAAUUUUAAUGUCGAAAGUAAUGAAUUGAAAGUGAUUAAUGCUCGACCUGACACCAAUACAAAUGAUAUCGGUUAUUAUGUAUUAAAUAAAUUAUCAAUUGAUGAUCAUUUGAAAUAUUCUCUAUUAACAAAUUAUUUUAAACCUGAUAGAAAAUAUUCGUUUCCAACGUUAUAUUCAGAUGAUCAUAAACAUUCUCGUCGAUUCAUGAUCAAUUGGUUAAACGAUAAUUCAUUUCUUGUUUAUUCACCGUAUAUUGAAGGAGGUUACUGCAUAAAUUGUGUAUUAUUUCGUAACGUACAAGGACAAAAAUUCGAAUUAUUUGUUGAUAAACCUUGCUAUCAAUACAAACAUUUGAAACAUUUCACUACUUUAUGGAAAAUUCAUAUUAAUUCACAAUUUCAUCAGAAUUUAACAGUUGCUACCGAUAAUUUUAUACGUACAUAUAAAGAUCCAUCGUUAUCGAUUUUAUCCUUAAUUGAUAAAAAUAGAAUUGAGAAAAUCAAUCGCAAUAAAGCAAUAUUAGCAUCAAUUAUAAAAAUUAUAAUUACUUGUUCACGUCAAAAUAUUCCUCUCCGUGGUCACAGAGACGAAACAAUAUAUGAUAUAAAACAAUGUAUAAAUGUAAUAGAUUCUUAUUCUGGUUCAAAUUUCAUUGCAUUAUUAAAACAACGUAUCGAUGCGGGCGAUGAAAUUCUUCGUGAACACAUUGAACGUGGACCAAAGAAUGCAUUGUAUAUAAGUCCGUUAGUUCAAAAUGAAAUUAUUGACUGUAUACACAAACAUAUUUUGGACCAAAUUUUACAUCGAUUAAAAAAUUGUUUAUUUUCUAUUAUUGUUGAUGAAACAACAGAUACGUCAACAACCGAACAAUUAAGUAUUUCAUUACGAUAUUAUGAUAAAAAAACAAACGAUAUACGAGAAGAUUUUUUAACGUUUAUCGAAACCGUUUCGUGUACGGGUGAAACAAUAGCUAAUGUUAUUCUUGAUUAUUUAACAACAUAUAACUUACCGUUUGAUAAUUGUGUGGGUCAAUCAUAUGAUGGUGGUUCGAAUAUGUCCGGUAUCUAUCGAGGUUGUCAAGCACUAAUUAGAAAAAAAUGUCCAGAUGCAGACUAUUAUCAUUGUUCUAACCAUUGUCUCAAUUUAGCUCUGAUGAAUAGUUGUAGUAUUUUACAAAUUCGUAACAUGAUGGGAACAAUCAAGGAAAUAAUUAAUUUUUUUAGAGAUUCAGCAAAACGAAUGCACGCACUUCGGUCUGAAAUUACGAACUAUCAAGGAGAAUACAUUUGUUUAACAAAUAAAAAACGUUUACUUAGUUUAUGCGAUACUCGAUGGAUUGACAGAAAUACUUCAAUUGAAGCAUUUUUAGAAUUAUAUAUUCCAAUUGCUAAUACAUUAGAUAAAUUUAGAUAUGGAACGUUGAAAGAUCCAAGAGCUGAACAGUUGUAUCAUGCUAUAAUCAAUUUUCAACAUAUUAUCUCAACUUGUAUUUCAUGUUUUUUAUUAUCGGAUAUUGCUCCUAUUAGUCGUUUACUACAAACAGAAACAUUGGAUUUUUCGUCGGCUAAUCGAUAUGUUGAUGAUUUAUUAGAUACAUUUGAACAACGAAAACAUCGUGCUCGAGAUUAUUUUCAUAAUGUUAUUAAUAGUCAUGCUCAUGAAUUAUGUAAAGAACUAUUUGUCACACCAUCUAUACCGCGUCAUUCAGUAUUAGCUUUGCGCAAACAAAAUAUGUCAAUUUGUGAUCCUGAAGAAUUUUAUUGUGAUCAUGCUUAUUUACCAUUCUUAAACGAAUUAAUUAACAAUACUAAAAGUCGAUUAUCUGGCUUAAAAAGUGAACGAAUUAUUUUAUUGAGUAAAUUGCGACCGGAAGUAAUUGUAAAUGAAAAACCAUUUGAAUUAGCAAAACAUUUAUCGAAACAAUUUGCUGAUCGUUUACCAUCACCAUUACAAUUGAAUUCCGAAUUAGCAAGAUGGCAAAAAAAAAUGUAA